AUGUUUGCCGUGAAUUGUGAGGCUGCCCUCUUGUGGCAUCCUGUGGUGCAUCACAGCUUGCUCUUGCUGCGUACCUUGAGGCAACGCCACACACUUGUCCUGGAACCCUCUUGCACGACAGCUUCUCGACCAGAUGAAUUUUGGCGUCUCUCACAGGCCGGCAAUUACGUUUCCAUUAAUGCAACAAUUAAUAGCGAUAGUGUCUUCCUUGAAGGGGGCGAAGAGGAGGGAAGGGGAUUGGCUCUGCUACACAUUUCCGAGGGUGGACUGCACCGCGUACAAAACCCGCAGCAUAUUUUAUACUUUAUUUCCUCUUCCACGCUUUUGGAACAAAAGCAGCAACUCCAGACGUACUUGGAUACUGCCUUUGUCACGGAUCAUGUGCUGCGCGCCGUAGACGAUGUUCUUCUUGCACUGAGUACUGAUGAAAUGGAGGUGACGCGUCAGACGCACAGCAACUUGAUGGAUCUUGUCGCCCGCCUUGAGACUUUUCUAGAGAGUGAAAAUGAUGAUGUGAUGCAGGAGACAGAGAAGUGGAGCACAUGGCCGCUCUUUACGACACUGAAGUUUCUUGUAGAGGAGGCCGGGCUUUUGCUGGGUCCAUUUCCUCGUGUGGCAAAGGCGUAUCGUCAGCUGCAGGAUUCGAAGCCCGUAGUUGCUCACACACGGCUUGUGAACCGUACUGUAAACUUGGCGCUGAGCGGGGAGGGGUUGUUUGUACAGCCGCCAGCGUGGCCAUACCGGGGGUUUCUCCGCGAGGUGCAACGAAAACUGGCUGAUUACACUGCAGAUCCUGCCGAGCGCAUGAUGGAAGGUGUUUUGGGUGAGAAAGGGCCAUUGAAGGCACGUGUGAGUGGUGCUCGCUUUGGAUUACAGCCUGUCUCUGCGCGCAUGCCGUGGAAUAUGCAGCGAGAAAAAAUGGGAAGAUCUUAG